AUGCCACGUUUAUCAGACGAGGUGGAGGCCGCGCACCUCAUGGGGGCCGAGUACCCGGAUCUGGAAGGCCUGCCGGCCGACGCCGCCCCGGCACCGGGGACCUUCCGGGCUUUCCAGCACACGCGGCCGAAAUGGAGCAGGUCGCCACCGCGGUUUGGCGGAUGGACCGGUGGCCGGGCCGGCGGCGCCCUCUGGGCUCUAGGGGUGCGCAUCAACGAUGCGCUGCUGCAGUUCCAGGUCCGCUCGCCCCGGGCUGUCAUUCUCCUGCUGUCACUUCUCAAGUUUUCCAUCACGACGAGCGGCACGCUGCUCAUGAUCCCGAUGCUGCGGCUCAUCGAGGAUGACAUCUGCCACAAGCAUUAUAGACUUCCUCAUGACCAGAAGAUCCCCGAGAUGAAGUGUAAGGUCGAUGAAGUGCAGAAAGCCAUGGCGUGGCUGUUCGGUUGGCAGUCCCUCCUCGGUGCAAUCGUCAACAUGCUCGUCGCGUUUCCUUACGGCAUUCUCUCAGACAGGAUCGGACGUAAAGCAGUCCUCAUACUAUCCUUCCUGGGCACCGUCCUCUCCUUCAGCUGGGCUCCUCUGAUGCUGUCAUUCUUCCCCGAGCUCAACAUCUACUUCCUCUUCGUCGGCAUGAUCUUCGGCUUCAUCGGCGGCGGCAUCGUCGUCAUGUUCAACAACGUCUACGCCAUGGCCGCCGACGUGAGCACGGACAAGGACCGCGCCUCCAACUUCGUCUACAUGUCCGCCGGCGCCGUCAUCGGCGGCCUCAUCGGGCCCGUCACGGCCGGCUACCUGAUGGAGAAGUACGGCCCCUGGAUCCCGAUCCGCCUCGUCUUCUUCCUCAUGCCCUUCAUCUUCCUCACCAUGGUCCUCCUCCCCGAGACCCUCCGCGUCAAGGCGGACGGGCCCCAGAAGCCGCAGCCGCCCCUGCUCGACGCCGUCAGGGAGUCCUUCCGCAACGGCCUGCGCGAGCUGCAGCAGUCCGUGGGCAUCCUCAAGAACCGCAACAUCCUCUUCUGUCUCACGCCCUCCCUCCUGCACGGCGCCAUCAUGUCCGCGCACUCCAGCACGCUCUCCCAGUACGUGAGCAAGCACUUCGGCUGGACCCUCGCCCAGACGUCCUACCUCCUCUCGCCCCUGGGCUUCCUGCACCUCGGAAUCCUCUUCGUGCUCCCCUGGCUCGCGAAGAACCUGACCGACCCGCGCGGCCGCUUCCGCUGCACGGCGUUCGGCAAGGACGCGCUCCUCGCCAAGGGGUCGUACCUGAUGAUCGCGCUCGGCGCCUUCAUCGAGGGCUGCAGCUGGGAGAUCGUCGUCUUCGUGCUGGGUCUCAUGGUGGGCACCUUCGGCUCGGCCAGCGCGCCGCUGGUGCGCGCCAUGAUCACGGAGUUCGUGGACCCGGAGCACACGUCGCGGCUGUAUGCCCUGACCAGCAUGGUCGACACCCUGGGCUCGCCGCUGGGCGGGCCGGUGCUGGCGUGGACGUUUUCGGUGGGAUUGGAGAAGAAGGGCGGGUGGAGGGGGUUGCCGUGGUUCUACGUCUCAAUGCUGGCCGUGAUCGUAUGGGCGGCGUUGAUGCUCGUGAACGAACCGAGGAAGAAGGGCCCGAUUCACUUGGCGAGCCACGACGGGGAUGUCGAGGGGAUGGACUACGAAUCAGAAGCGGAAGAUGAGCUGUGA